ACCAAGAAAUGCGCACCAUCAAAACCACUAAAACGCCGCAUCCCAUCAUCCGACUUCCGAGUGGAUUCCCGAUAAGGACGCAUGCGGUGAACACUCAAGUAACACUUUCAGAACGAAAGACACACUUUUGACCAGGAUGCUCGGGCGAGCGUUUUCUUUUUAAAACUCUUUUCCAGCCCUGUAACAUCUGGUGUGUUGAUCAGCGCUAGAUCUUCGCUCGUGUGCACUCACAGUUGUCACAACUUGUUCGUUUAGUUUCUAGGAUAUAUAUAUAUAUUUUUAUUUUUGCGCGUUUACUUCGUGGUUCAUGCUUACAAAUGUUAGCUGUUGGGCAAAUGGAUGCGAACAGGCAGAGUGCUUUCGUCCUGAGCAGUACGCCGCUGGCAGCGUUACACAACAUGACCGAGAUGAAGACCUCCUUAUUCCCUUACACUCUACAGAAUCCCACGGGCUUCAAGGCACCUUCUCUUACCAAUCUGAAUUCACAGAUCCCUUUGGGAACGCCACAUGGAAUUAGCGAUAUCCUAGGAAGACCCAUCACCACGGCCGGACAACUGCUCUCCAGCUUUCCCCGGAUAAACGGCUUGGCAACCUCCGCUGGAAUGUAUUUUAACCCCGCGGCAGUGUCUCGGUACCCAAAGCCGCUAACUGAGCUCCCCGGCAGGGCGCCCAUAUUCUGGCCAGGCGUAAUGCAGAGUUCACCGUGGAGGGAUCCGCGGGUCCCCUGUCCUGCACAAGCAAAUAUAAUGUUGGACAAAGAUGGAAAGAAGAAACACUCCAGACCAACUUUUUCAGGCCAACAAAUUUUUGCCCUGGAAAAAACCUUUGAACAGACUAAAUACCUCGCCGGUCCAGAGAGAGCACGCCUUGCGUACUCUUUGGGAAUGACCGAGAGCCAAGUCAAGGUGUGGUUUCAGAACAGAAGGACCAAAUGGAGGAAGAAGCACGCAGCGGAAAUGGCGACGGCCAAAAAGAAACACGACUCUGAAACGGAGAAGAUGAAAGAAAGCUCAGACAACGAGGACGACGACGAGUACAACAAACCGCUAGAUCCGAACUCGGAUGAUGAAAAAAUCACGAGACUGCUAAAAAAGCACAAGGCAUCGAAUGUGGCCCUCAUCAGUCCGUGCAGCAACAGCUCGGACACUUUGUGAUGGCUUUUGCUACAGAGCAGAGACUCUCCUCCAAGACGCUUUCGAAGCUGACCUAAGCAGGGUAUAUACACUGUCCAAACUAAGACAGAACAGGCGCUUGUUUGCUGGUGUGAAUGCAGUGUGUUGUACACAUGCAGAUGUAAGUGAGAUGUAUAUAUUUUCUACUGAGUAAAUUAUGUUAUUAAACCGCCAGAAGGACACGGACACUUUACCAUUGCGCAGUCGGUCCCUGUCAGCAAUUCUAAUUUCGCUCUGUCGCUGAAUAACGAAGCUUAACUACUUCGCCAACUUUUACGAUUUGAAACCCUAUACAGGUACAAUGUAUAAAGGCCAGUGUUGUAAAUUAUUAUGUAAAUAGAAUUUGUUUUAACAGUGUCCUCGUCGGCCGGUUACUUUCAUUUGAAGGACUUUAUGUUUUACCACCACCAACAAAAAUAGAUACAGAUGGAGCGUUAAAUAUUGAAAUAAGAGAAUAUUAUUGCUUCCGUGCUGAAGGAAGAAGACAUUUGUAUUAUCAAUAAAUUAUUUAACAAGCUUAUGUUUUAAA